AUGAAGCUUUCAUCCACUCCUGCUCUCGUUGCUGCCCUUCUUGCUGGUGUCAAUGGAGCCAGCAUUCCUCGCGGUCAAGGCCCAGUCUCUAUCACCUUCAUUGGUGCAGCCGAUGCUCAGUUUACUCAAGACUUCCCAACAGAUGGGACCGGCACUGCCAUCACCAACCCUCUAAGCAUCUCCCACAUUGCCUCCAGCACGGACGGUGUUUCAUGCGUUUUUAACGGCAUCGACAACAGCGUUACUUAUGUUUCUGACGCAGAGACCGUGGAUGUUGGCCCUCCUCAGACUCAAGUAUGGGGUACAUGCAACGCCGCCCCCCGCCAGUCUGCUACCCGUCGGUGGUCUGAGGGUCUGGUAUACAUCACAUUUGUUGGAGCAGCAGAUGCUCAGUUCACCCAAGCCUUCCCUCUCAACGGAGCCUCUACUCAGAUCACGAACCCUCUCAGCAUUUCUCAUGUCACCUCCAACACGGCUGGUGUUUCAUGCACCUUCAACGGCAUCGAUCACAGCGUGACAACUGUCAGCGGUGUCCAGACUGUUGAUGUUGGUCCUCCUCAGACCCAGAUCUCUGGCUCCUGCCACAAGAUCUGA